GGAAGGGCGUUCUUGCUGAGGUCAGACCCAGACUCGUCACACAAGGGGUGGGUCUUCCGGCGCAAAGGAAAACCCACCUUUUUCAUUGUUAGGGACAAGGUGGAAUGUGUUGGUUUGAUCCUACAGCUCAGGCGGGGAAUAGAGGGAAGAAACAGCGAACGCCGUAAAGUAGGAAAAAAGCCUUCUGCCGCUGGUGUACCAGAAAUCUGUGAAAUAACUUGUCUUUGGUUCAAAUCUAGUCAUCUAAUCGGCACUAACCGAGUGAAUUUGGGGACUAUCGCAGAUUCUUUCAUUGCAAGGUUAUAGGGCUUGUGGAUCAAGCUCCAUGGUGAAACCACCUGGAGACAGAGGCCUUGUUUACCAGCUUCUUAGCACCCAAAUAAGCAGCAGAUGAUCGACACCCAUGUUAACCAUCAAGCUGAGGGAAGUUGAAGGACCCAACCAAAGGAAAAGGGAGAAGACAUUGUGGGGAAAGGAUUAAGGACUGAACACAACCCAACAUUACAAGCUUGUGACAUUUUAACCAGAGAAGGACUGCCAUACAAAUGUGGACCUCCAAAAAAGUGUUCAAAUAAUUUCCCCUUUGCAUCAAGAGGACAACAACAAUAAUCUCUGCGAUGUCUGAAAACAAAGACAUAACGAGUCGCCACCUGCAGCACAAGCUGCAGAGCCUGGGACGACGGCUGGACGAGCUUGAGGAGGCUACCAACAAGCUCCAGAAGUCAGAAGAUGAGCUGCUCGAUCUGCAGGACAAGAUUAUCCAGGCAGAGGGCAGCAACUCCUCCAUGUUGGGCGAUGUUGAAGGACUGCGCAAGCGCCUGCUAAAGAUUGAAGGCAAGGACGAGGAGGUGUGCAAGGCAGAGGACCUCUGCCGUAUGGUGCGGGAGAAACUGGAGGAGGAGGAGAGCUUGACCCAGGACCUCAAGUCUGAGAUUGAGUGCCUGCAGAGGAGAAUGGCUGAGCUGGAGAAGUUGGAAGAGGCCUUCAGCAAGAGCAAGUCGGACUGCAGCCAGCUGUGCCUCAGUCUCAACGAGGAGAAGAAUCUGACCCGGAAGCUGUCCUCAGAGAUGGAGGCCCUCAAGGACCGUGUGAAGGAAGUGGACAUGUCAGAGGUAAGGCUGGACCGAGCAGAGAUGUUCCUGGCAGGGGAGCUGGAGAAGCUCAAGGGCCUCACUCAGACUUUUUUGAGUGAGAGGAAGAGACUCCUGGAGAAGCAAAAGGAUGAUGAGAAGCUUAUACUAAAACUGACAGAAAAGCUGGAGCGUCAGAACAGGAUUGACCCGGUAGAUCCCAGACGAAUUGAAGACGACCUCUCAUCCGGCCUGACUGGCAAGCUGGGGCGCAAGAAGAGCCUGGAUUACCUGAAACUGGGAGACGAGUUUGGGCUAAGGAACAAGUCAGAGAAUGAGAAGAACAGACUUGAUGGCCAGGAAGACAACAAAGUCAAGGAACUCACCCAGGAAGUGGAGCGGCUGAAGAACCGGCUGAAGCAGCUGGAGCUGGUGGAGGAGGAUCUUAAGAACACAGAGUCCAAGAAUGGAGAGCUGCAGGAGAAGUUCCAACAGGAGAGAUCCCGUAGCCGAGCACUCAACGAUCAGGUGGAGCAGCUUAGAAUUCAGCUGUGUGGAGGCAGCAGUCAUGGCAAUGGAGGACCUAGCAGUCCAGCAAAGGUCCUUGAGAAUGGCAAGGCAGAGAAUGAGGAGAUCAAUGUCCGUGGUGGGUUCAGGCAGGUCAAGCCCAAGUAUAGGCCUGCUGCAGAGCCAGCCACCCCCAAGUACAAGAGCAGAGAGCUGUCCCCGCAGCACAAGAUGGAGACCAAGCUGAGGAGCAAAGAACUAAGCAACUCUGAGGAAAGUUCUCCAAAGUCUGUCAGGAGGGCACUCAGUCCUGCACACAAGAGCAGGAGGACACCCAAGACUGGAACAUCAACUGCCUCUGACAAUGGAGUGAAAGAAAUAGGCAGAGGGGUAGAGGAGAAAACAACAAGAGGAGCAGCCCAUACUCCUGUCGGCACAUCUUUGAGUGACCGCAAGAAGCUCUCUGUUCUUAGUCGCUACCCUCCAGCAGCUAAUGACCAGAAGCCAUGGAAGAUAUCUCAGAAACCAAGUGAGAGUGAAAGCAAAAAAUGCCAAGUUGAUACGUUUUCUAGAUUGUAUGUCGGUAGUGACAGUGAGUCGAACAAUUCUGAUGUGGUGCCUGAAAGCUCAAGCAAGAGCAACAGUGUCUCCCCACUUGAAAAGGGUGCAUUUGCGUCGGACCUGGAGUCUGUGGACCAGGUUCAAGAGGCUCUUCCAGUGUCAAACCUCUCCAAAGCCAAUGGGUCGUACAUUGCCUACAAGUCCCAUGUGUCCCCAAUGUUCAGUGAUCAUGGCUCUGAGGGCCACUCCUCGGCCUCUGAGACUGAAUCACCUGGGUCCAGGCCCUCGGAACCAGAACCUGUACCUGAGGUGACUGCACUGAGUAGCAGAACCUCCACCACUCCCAAGUGCUCCAGAUACUCUCGCAUACAGGACUCCCAGUCAGAGGGCUCCUCCACCAGGAGCUCGAUUGACGAGGAGCAGCACAGGCUGUUGGUGGCAGAAGGAGAAUCCCUGGAGCCCACUCACACCCCAUCAGGUAUAGAGCUCCGCAGGGUCUGCAGCCCACGGGAAGCCCUGAGGUCAAAGGCAGUCAUCAAACCAGCCAUUGUGGAAAUUGAUAGGAAGGAAGUCAUGAUAUCCGGUGGGGCAGAGCCCUUGACCUCCUCCAAUGGCAAGCCCAAAAUUUCCACAAAACCAGUCCUGACCAGUAGCAUCACUAUCUACCCCAACGAUCCCAACUCUUCCAGGACCAGCAGCCGCAGCAGCAGUGUAUCCAGCGAGCCACCAGUCAAGGAACGCCACACGUCCACCAGCAACAUUGUCAUCGGCCCCAGUGAGCACAGGGGAAGUAUCUCCAUCCCCUAUGAGAUCUCCAUCCCCAAGAGAGAGAUCACACCCUGGCCGUCCAUGGAUGGCCCUGACGAAUCAGGGGUGCUAGGGAUGGCCUGUGCAGAGACACACCUACUCCCCCGAAGCAACUUCAGCCUCCAGUCACCGGAGACCACCUCCGACUUCAACAACGACACAGAGUCGGGUUUCGAGAGCAGCAGUAGCAGCACUACCACCGUCACCAGCUGGAGGAGCCAACACCAUGGCCACCACACCUCCCAGGACGACAGCCUCCCAGAGAUGAGAAACGUGACGGUGCGAAGCACCUGGAAGAACAGGGGGGCGGCAUCUGUGGACGAGCCUGGCCGGGGAGCCAGGAUGUAUGGGAUGGGCUCUGAGGACGAGGCAGAGUCGGCCACCACGUGGAGGGCUUACCGCGCCACCACCAUUCUGGACACGGAGGAGACGGUAAACGCCACAAGGGCUGCUACAUCACGGACAGCCAAGCCUUCCCCAGCAGAGCUGUAUAUGCGCAGGAUCAACAACAGUGUGGUGACCACCAGGGACAUCGCAGAGCCAGUGUGCCGGAGCAAAAGCUCCCUGUCGCCCACUGAAGGAGGUCUGCGGAUGAGUAUCCCCCACGAGCCUGUCAGCUCUCAGAAGCUUGUUCCCUGGCGGACACAACCCAUGGCCGCUGACGACACGGACCCCAACCCUGGGUCGUGGAGGACGAGGCCGGCGCCCGGUGACCUAGAUCACUAUGAGAGCGAGAGGAGCUCCAGGACAGAUGUAGGGUCCAGCAGAGGGAUGAGGACCACAGCUUCCAGACCAGCGCUCUUGUCCAAUAGGGGUCAUGCUGGCCUGGCCGAGGGAAGGACCGGGCGCGGCAAUCGACAGUGGAGCAAUCGUCAGACCGACGACUAAACCGGCCAACCAUCUUAGUCUCUCUACUUCAUAAUAUCCAGAGCUCUCCAUCCCCCCCGCCCAAACUGCACAACAAGGAGGAAUGUACUGCGUCCCACAUCUCUAAUCCCCCAGCAACAGCAACAGCAGUGGCAGGCAAGUUCCUGCCAAGUCCCUGUCCAGCAACAACCCCAUGCUUCUGAGUCUAAAAACAAGAUGGCCACCUGUAAAACCUUCCACCACAACGUCCAUGUAUAAACCCUGGAUGACUAACUGGGUGCUGUAUUGAAGCCACUGCGCAGCCAUCUUGGUUUUUCGAAGCUAUGGAAAUGCAUUCAUUAAUGUCUACAUACGUUUUUGACAUUCUAUUACAGACACCUUUGGCAAUACUUUUAAAAUAUAUUAUGUGAGCUAAACAUAAAAAUAAAAAACGUGAUGAAAAAAUAUCCCUUUAAGUAUUUUUUUGUAGAAGAGUACUAAUGUUUACUCUCCCCACUACAACAACAAAAUACUUAAAUACAUGUCAUUUUGACCUUAAAACAUUGCAUUGAAAUACUCUAGAAUACAUUCCUAUGGAGGGCUGCUCAUUCUAGGGAGUGCCAAUAUGGCCGACCGGUGGUUUCAAAGCCUCUCAGUGGUUUAUACAGUGUGUCAGCAAUCCAGGGUUUAUAUACUUCAUUGAUCUGCACAGACCACUUCAGUUGUAUUAUAAUAUGCCCAUAUACAGUGUCGCGAUGGAGUGAUCCUCACCACCCUCUUCCGCUUCUUCUCCUACCUGAUGUAUUAUAAUGUAUUGCUCCGACUUGACAAGGGAGAGACGCUCACUCGGGUGACUGGGUCUAGAGGUGUGUGUGUGUGGGGGGGCGAGAGAAGAGGGGAGUGACACAGGAAGGAAGGAUUUGUUGUCUUUCAGAAUGGACCGUUACAAGACCUCACUUUGGAACUUCUCAGCGGCGUUCCCCCAAGCUGCACCAAGAUGUGACCAAAAACAGGGAGCAAAUUACUUCUAUUUUAUUUUUUUUAUUUUUUAUGUCUUCUGAUCUCAGAAAUGUGUAUAUAUGUUUUUUUGCUUAAUUUUGUGAGCUUUUGUCCAUGUGUUUGCUUCAUACUGACAACCAUAGCAGUUUUUGCAGGGUUUUAUUUUGCACGUCGUACACAUACACCUAUAUCUAUUUUUAACCUACAAACAUGACUAUCGUCCCAGAGAAUGCAUAAUGUGGGCCUAAAAGAGGGUUGACUGUAGGGCUUUGGGGAAGUUUGCAUGUUUCAACAUAAUGUAUAAGAGGAGCAUUUUGGAGUCAUGUGCCUCCAGUUUCCCAGCAUGUUGUCUGCUUCACUGACAACAAAGACAAGGACCCUGUCAUAGACACGUUCUUUAUUUUCUUAUAGGCUGCAAACUCAAUAUCCUCUUCAACAUCUGUCCCUAUGCAAUAAGGAAGAUAAUAGCCAAGUACUUUGAUCAACAACCUUCAAUUGUGCUUCAUUUGGUUCCUCAGUAAUUCGCUCCUUGUUGCCCUCCACAGUCUCUUCCCCCUGCUCAACUGGACUUUAGAAUGUGUCUAUUGUGACACACAGCAGAAAGGAAGGUCCACCCCCUUUUGUCUGCACUCAAUGAAUGAUGGAUUGCACUUAUUUAAGCUUGGGGGACAUGCAUUUGUCAUCUGGAACAGGACUACUAUUCCUAUGGUGCUCUGCUUCAGCGCACUUUCCUCCAACUGUAACUGAUGCCCUGGAUCGAGCAGUAAAAUGUGCUGCGCUGCUGUGAACAGCCAAUCAGACAUAAAAAUUCUCCAAUCACCAAAAGGAACAAUCAGUCCAGAUACACGCGACUGUGUUUGCGGUGCGAUUCGUCUCAACUUCUCCCUGUUUCUGUAGAAGUGUAUUUUGUUGUAAUAUUUAAACUGGACUUUUCAUUGUUGGAAUAGGGAGGUUUCUCUGUCACUCUGGACAGAAACAGAGAUCACUGGGUUGCCAUGGAAACAAAAGUAGUCUGGCAGGUGGUGAGACCUGAUGUACUCAUACAGGCAAUACUCUGUAAACUCUGAACUACAAACUCUGGUAGGAAGUUUCCCCUUGAUACUGGUCAGUCAUUGUCAUUUAGCAUUGCCUGUGUAGUAGCAGCCGACCAGCCGUUUCACUGUUAGAUUUCAUAUUUAUUUGUUAUUUACCACAAAAUGCAUAUAACUAUUUUUGUCAUUGUGAAUGUUGUAAUUUGGUGAUGGGGACCUACCAUUUACAGUCCUUUAGAUUUCAUAGUGUAUUGAUUAUGGGAAAUGGAAGAAGUCAAUUACACACAAAGAAUGCAAAUAUAAUCACCCCUAACCCCGAAAUCACCACGUUGUAUUCCUCUAACCUUGUGGAAAUGUGAGGUGCAAUUCCCCUCCUGCUGGCUACACAUUACUAAGCUGUUGAGCCUAGGCUGUGUGAAUUACUCCCUAGUAUUUCUGUCAAGGUUGGUCUAAAGAUUGUGUGGACAAGUAUAAUGAAUGCAGUCAUUACACAUUUGCAAAGAUUUUCACAUUUGUAGAGAAUAUUUUAUAGAAGACCAUUGUGGUUUCAAUUGAAGAAAAAUCUACUGACGAGUAAAAGACCCCCAAUCUUUUGAAUUGAAUCAUUUUUUUGUCCCCCCUCCAAAAAUCUUCAAAGGACCCAUUAAAAUAAUGUUCGCUGCCCAAAAUGUUCUGAUCUUUCUAUUUGCCGGCCAGAAGUGCUCCAGCUCGGCAUCAUAAAGCAUUAGUGUUGCCAUGUGGCCCCUUACAUGGCUACUGGCCCAUCCUGUGAACAUGUGUUCAGUGCAAACACACACACCGCUUGAUGUUGUUCAGAAGCCUGGUGCUGAUGUGCCAAGGGCUACGUGAUGACUUAUCCACUUCAGAAGGCUUCUGUUGUUGACCAGUCCUCGGUUACCAGGAUGACAACUGCCAGAAGGCCACUCGUUCCAAAUCUGUAUUUCCGACCUCAUCCCUUCUUUCCUGCAGUGGUUCCAGUUUCCCUCCUUCCUCCUUCCCCUUCUUCCUUCCCCUCCAAGAAUGCCUUGAUUCUUAACGACCGUGAUAAGUAUUGCUAGGUCUGAGAGCCGUUUUACAGUCUGCCAAAGCUUGCCGGCAGACACUGAUAUACAGCCCCCGGGUAGCCGAAAGGUCAAAGGUCAAGGCUGGAGCUAAUCGCGUCUUUCCCUUGGACUUUGGGGGUUAUACUGUGAGGAAAGCAAAAUGAUUUGGCAGCAGCCAGCACUAACCCGAAAUGGAGGCAGUUGAUGAGUGCCAGUCAGAACUGGCUCGCGCCGAUGUGUAAACCAAAAUCCACGUGCUGGUUGUCCAUCAUAGCCAAAGGGUUUAUGUGUGAUGCUCAUAUAAGUGUCUGUGCAGACUCUUGUUUCGAUUCACUCACUGGGGACAGUUUGAUAGUCUGCAGUUGGCUAGUGAACUCCAGCCCAUCUUAAUGAGAUGCUGAUUUCAGAGGCCCGUGUCAAAGUUGAGCCCAGGAACAUUACAGGCUGUCAUUCCCAUUAGACCUACAUCACCAUGGGUCGGCUAUCAUCAUAUUUCAUUGAUCCUAUGAUGCAAGGCCAGCACCCUUGUCUGCUCAGAUAAUCAAGAGUGAUCGCUGCUGUAGGGAGAUUGACCUUCUCCGAUCAUACCUAAUCUGACAGAGGGAGACUAGGAUUAGACAGGAAAAACCUCAGCCGAUUUUUGAGAUGAGAACUAAACUCUUAACAUUCCUCAUUAUGUAACUUCUGGUAUAUAAACAUCUGUUAUUUACGAGCCAUUGUUUUUUUUCCCCUCUCUUACACGGUAGCGUAGAAGGUAGUUAGUGGAGCGGGACCAGAGAGCAGAAAUGGCUCUUUGGAGUGACUUGCCAUUCGUCCUGUAAGGCCUCUUGUAAGGCGAGGGUUCAUGGUGUCUUUGGACAUCAGAAACGGUAAUCUGCACUUAACCAGCACUUAAAUUAAGACCCUACAUAAGUAAGACCCUACAUAAGUAAGACCCGACAUACGUAGGAUCUUACUUAUGUCGGGUCUUACUUAAGUAAGUCCCUACAUAAGUCCCUACAUAAGUCCCUACAUAAGUAAGACCCUACAUAAGUAAGCCCCCUUUUAGCCGCCCUUUUGUCAAACAUUGCAUUUGCGUUUAUCCCUGAGAAUUGUAUUCCACUCUUUGAUUUAUUUUCUUCACUGAAUGUAUGGUCAUCAAAGAUGUUUAUAUAUAUAUAUAUAUAUAUAUAUAUAUAUAUAUUAAAUGUGUGUUUCUGCACCGGCCAAAUUGAAAAAGUUGCUUGGAGCAAUUGCGAAACAACUUGUCUGAUAAUGUGAGGAGUUGUGGACUGUCACGUUUAUUGUACAGAUUAUUAUAAAGUCCUUUUUUUUUUUUACAAUUGAUUUCCUGACCACUUAUGUGUCUCUGCCUUCAAAACUGUGCCAUAAUCAUUCCAUAGCAUGUCCAGUUUACAGUCUGAGACAGCGUCAGCGUUUUCCAAGAUGGAGACCCUGUCUCUUCAACUAUUUGUGCUGAAAUAAGGGGAAAUAUUACAUUUGAGGGUUUCUUUUGUUUUCAACUCAUGUAUUUUUUUGUUUCAGUUUUGUAAAACAAAAGAUGUCUUAUUUUGGAAGCUGUUGUAUUGGAUAGAUUUUAUUUAAGGUAAAAUCUUGUAAUUUUGUAAAGUGGGCCUUAUUGAAAUAUAUGUAGGAUUUUGUUGUUGCUAGAUAUGCAUCUUUCUCAUUAAUGCACUCCUGGAGAGUACUUCCUGUUUUGUUUUGUUUUAAUGUGAGAGAUGUCAUGAUCUCGAGCUAUGACAUGAGAUGGCAAGCCAACAGAGACUUGUCAUAGUCUCUGUCGAUUUGAGAGUAAUGUACGUUUUAUCAAGAGCGUGUCUGCUCUGUCCACGCAGUCUGAAGUCAUUCUCCAUGUGGCAUCCUGGUAUUAGUGGUUCAGGAAUCAGUCAUUCUAACAGGUUCUCUGUUUUCUCUCACAUGCAUUCAGGGUUUAUUCGUCUUGUGUGCUGUAUGUAAGUGCUGCCAAAGAAAGAGAUGUUCAGGCCUCGAUACACACACACACCUACACACACUCCAACAUGAACAACUGGAUAUUCUCCACACACACCUACACACACUCCAACAUGAACAACUGGAUAUUCUCCACACACACCUACACACACUCCAACAUGAACAACUGGAUAUUCUCCACACACACCUACACACACUCCAACAUGAACAACUGGAUAUUCUCCACACACCUACACACACUCCAACAUGAACAACUGGAUAUUCUCCACACACACCUACACACACUCCAACAUGAACAACUGGAUAUUCUCCACACACACCUACACACACUCCAACAUGAACAACUGGAUAUUCUCCACACACACCUACACACACUCCAACAUGAACAACUGGAUAUUCUCCACACACACCUACACACACUCCAACAUGAACAACUGGAUAUUCUCCACACACACCUACUCACACUCCCACAUAGACACACAGAGGAAUUUCGUCCUGUACGAUCAAGUUGGAAAUCAUGUAUUUUAUAUUGCAGUGUGUUUAGAAAUGACUCUUAAGCGGCUGGAGGGAACCUAUGGUCAUAUCAAAGAGAAACAUUUGUAAUGAAAUCAGAUCAAAAGGGUUAUUGUGGAUGUCGCUGCUCUGAGCUUCAGAGAUACACGGCAAACUGCGGGAUGCUUUUCCUGUCCUAGGGUAAUAUACGUUUGUGCAUGUUUAAUCUUACCGCAUUCUGCAUGUAGGUCUCUCGAAGCUGCCAACUGUACAGUGGAUUAUGUAUUCCAAUAAAAUAAACUACCUGUUUGUAACCAUG